GUUCAACCAAUGGCCGGAAAGUAAACAAAGUGGGGGAGAGCUGCAACCGUCCGAUUCCUGUUCCUGCACCUGGAAUCCACACGCCGGCGCCUUGAAUCCUCGAAUCCUCGAAUCGACAAUACCUCCCUACACUCAGGCAUCGACGACCAUGGCAUCCGCAGCCCCCGAAAAGGACAAAUCCAAGGUGCACAAGCUGUCACUCAAGGGCAGCGCCAAGCUUGUGGCCGAGUUUUUCCAAUACUCGAUCCACACGAUCCUCUUCCAACGCGGCGUCUACCCCGCUGAAGACUUCACCGCCGUCAAGAAGUAUGGGCUCAACAUGCUGGUGUCGUCCGACGACCAGGUGCGCGCCUACAUCAAGAAGAUCAUGUCGCAGCUGGACAAGUGGAUGGUGGGCGGCAAGAUCUCCAAGCUGGUCAUUGUAAUCACCGACAAGGACACGGGCGAGCACGUCGAACGGUGGCAGUUUGAUGUCCAAAUAUUCGCCAAACCCAAAUCCAAGUCCUCCAAAUCCAAAAAACCCACCGCCCCCAAACCCACCGACCAAGAAAACAACAACCCCCCCUCAGAAAACACCCCCACCACCACCGAACAACCAGAAGCAAAAGAAAAGACCGAAGCCGAGAUCCAAUCCGAGAUCGCCGCCAUCUUCCGCCAGAUCACCGCGUCCGUCACCUUCCUCCCGCAGCUCCAGGGCGGCGACUGCACCUUCAACGUGCUGGUGUACGCGGACGCGUCGUCCGAGGUGCCCGUCGAGUGGGGCGACAGCGACGCCAAGGAGAUCGCCAACGGGGAGCGCGUGCAGCUGCGCGGGUUCAGCACGCAGAGUCAUCGGGUGGAUACGUUGGUUAGUUAUCGGCUGGCGGAUUGAGGUGGGUUGGUUGGGGGUGGUAGAGAAGGGGGGGGUGAAGGAAGGGUGGAUAAAAGGGAGAAGGGGGGCGGGGGGUUGUAUGAUAAUGCGUUGUGCGGUGGGCUUGGGCGGAGUUUGGGAGUUGGAAGGAUACUGCUACUGCGGUGGAUAGAUGGAUAUAUGGGACGGUGAAUCUGGGAUGCAAGGUGGGAAUCAUGAUACUGGACCACGCAAUGAUGUUUUUUUGGGGGCAUCGAAUCUACAUGUACCGUGCUUGACGCGCUCUU